CUUUCUGUUUUCGCUGCAAUCACGUUCACCUGUACUGGACUUCCCCGCUUAUUGUGAACCUGUUUCUGGUGAAGGGUGCAAACAUAGCACGUAUCCUUCUAACCGAAAAAGCACGUUACCAAAAUGUUUGUUUAGUCUACCGCGGCGUGAGUCGCGUUCAACACUCAUUUUUACAUGACUCUUGCAGAGGACAAAAACAACAACAUUACAGUGCGCAGCAUUUUCGCAAGGAAUAGCUGAAACCAAGGUGGGAACGUGAAAAAUGGAUGCGACCCAAGAAAUCGAUCUCUCGGGCCAUACCAAUCGCGCUUUUCAGCAAUCGCAGACGGAAUUAAGCGAGUCUCCGAGGCUAGAGUUCCAACAAGCGAGCGGAGUGAAUUGGCUGACACAAGCUCAACAACGACAGCAAGCUCUGACUGGACUUCAGUCUGUCCUCAAAAGAAGCAUUCAAGACCAAUCACCUAACAUCACCGCGGGCAACUUCUGUAGUCUCUUUUCGCAAGAGAAUGUGUUGCAACUGGUGUUUAGAUUGUUUGAUCACGAAUCCGAAGGUCGACUGGUUCAGCUCGAUUUCGUCGAUUCUCUCAAAGAGAAACUUCGCGAAAAACCGAAAGGGACUGAAUUUGUUGACCUUUUGGAUACCUUGUGGUACAUGUUUCUUAAACAGGCAGACAUCGAUUUCGAGACCUUUUGUCACGUUUUCAAGUCCCGAGGGGUGUUGCCUAAACUUUUCAGUUUAAUCGACACAUACAAGGCGGGUCAGGUUUCAAUAGAAGAUGUGAUGGCCUUCUUCACCGAUUUGACUCUAUACAGAAGGGAGGACGGCGUUGAAAGGUUAAAGCCCGGAUUUGCUGAUGAAUUAUUUCGAUCCAUCGUAAAAGACGACUCUCGAGAAAUGAGUUUCCAAGAGUUCAAGAAGCUCAUUCCGUCUAAAAACAAAUUUUUCGCCGAACGCAUUUUUGGCAUUUUCAAUAAAGACGGCUCCAGCAGCAUUUCAAUGGCCGAAUUCCGCGAGGGCCUUGAGCAAUUUUGCGGACAAACGGAUGAAGACAAAGUCCGAUGCCUUUUCCAGAUUUACGAUGAGGAUGGGGACGGUUUGAUCAAACUGCACGAGCUCAAAGCCGUUUUAAAAGCGUGCAUUGAAGAGAACGGAAUGAAAUUCAGUGAGAUGCAAGUGGAACAACUCGCUUUGGCUCUCUACGAGGAUGCCCAGGAUUGCAGCGAAGAGCUCGACAAUCGCUCAGAAAAUGGUCUUACCUACACCGAGUUAAAAGCUCAAAUGGCUAAACAUCCUGGCUUACUAGAGAACCUUUCCAUCAGCAUGGACCGGUUUAUACUACCUGCUAAGAAACCUCCUCCACCUCGUCUAACUUUCAAAUCCAUUUCUUCUUAUAUAAAGAACAAUGGAGCCUACAUUAUCUUUGUCGCUAUUUAUGCGCUCAUCAAUAUCUGUUUAUUCGUCAGCCGAGCCAUCCAAUUUAAAGACACAAACAUCUUCUAUAUUUUGGCUAGGGCUGGUGGACAGGCGUUGAACUUCAAUUGUGCCUUCAUUUUGGUGCUGAUGCUUCGUCAGGUCAUCACCUUGUUGAGACAAAUCGGUUGUGCCAGUUUUCUACCACUCGACCAGCACGUCUAUUUACACAAAGCAUGUGGUAUCGUCAUCGUAUUUUACAGCGUUCUCCACACAGUGAUGCAUCUCAUCAAUUUCCCUUUGAAUAUUGCCGGAACUCUUGUCUCUCCAGCAACAGGAAGAAAUCACACUGCUGCUGAAUGGCUGUUUACCACAAACCCUGGAAUGUUUGGGCUUUAUCCGGGCAUAGCUAACAUAACCGGAUGGCUGCUUUGCAUUGUUUUGGCGAUCAUGGGUGUAUGCUCUCUUCCGUCUGUACGUAAAGGCGGUUAUUUUGAGGUGUUUUACUGGAGUCAUUUGCUUUACGUACCUUUCUGGAUUCUCGUGAUUCUGCACGGCCCUAGAUUUUGGUAUUGGUUUAUCGUGCCAGGCUCCAUUUUCAUCAUCCUGAAGAUCCGCAGCGGAAUUUAUCGUCACUCUAACGAAAAAGGUCAGACGACCGUCUCUUCGGCCGUUCUGUUGCCAUCUGGCGUUACUCACUUAGUGAUUAAAAAACCACCGGGUUUUCAUUUCAAUCCUGGAGACUACCUCUAUCUUAAAGUUCCAGCAAUCACUAAAACCGAAUGGCAUCCGUUUACCAUCAGUAGUGCACCUGAACUUCCAGAUUACUUAUGGCUACAUAUUCGCUGUGCUGGAGGCUGGACGAAUAAGCUUCACGAAUUUUUCGAGAAAGAGCAGGCUAGGCAAAAUCUUUACGAAAAUAUCGGCCACGCUCCACAAUUGAAUAACGUCUCUAACUCUUCCACGUUAACAAGAAAUCUAUCUGCCAACGCCACGUUUGCUUACAAUAUCAAUCCAACGGUAGACUCGCCAUCGUUACGGACACAAUCAUUGCCAGCAGAUAAUAGUUUGACUAAUGCGCAAACAAGAUCUCCUCAAGGUUCCGCUAAGCAAGCAGCCCAUCAUUACAUACGCAGUGGACCUGCUGACGUCAGUAUAUCCAUACCAGCCAAUGGCAGAAAUGUCCCCUUGGAUUCGACCAAAGUGAGUUUGUCACCUCAAGCUUUGUCUGGUCCCAAAGCCAUUUCGAGUGCAACAAGCAAUUCAACGUUGAACGAGGAAGAGAAAGGCAAAAAAAUUGUGAAAAGACGUCUGCCCAAAAUUGGGGAAGCCGGUCGUAUCUAUUAUCCAUUACCGGUAUUUAUUGAUGGACCAUAUGGAGCACCCUCCAGUCACAUCUUCCGUGCCGAACGGGCCGUUCUGAUUGCCGCUGGUAUUGGAGUGACACCUUUCGCUAGCAUUUUGCAUUCAAUCAUGCAUCGUUAUUAUGCCAUUCUGCAACAAUGUCCCAAUUGCCAACACUCGUGGGCGCCACAGAUGCCCGAUUCCAUUAUGAAUCUUAGAAAGGUCGAUUUCUUCUGGAUCAACCGUGACCAACGUAGUUUCGAGUGGUUUGUUGACAUGUUAUCGCAAUUGGAGAUGGAACAGACAGAUGUUGGGGGCGUACUCGAUCGUUUCCUCAAUUUACACAUGUACAUCACAAGCGCGCUGAAAAAGACUGACAUGAAAGCUGUUGGAUUGCAAAUGGCCUUUGAUUUGCUCUACGCUAAGGAAAAACGGGAUUUGGUGACCGGAUUGAAAACUCGCACGAACGCUGGCAGACCGAAUUGGGAUAAAGUUUUUCAAAAAAUUCUUGACGAAGAUAAAGGGAAGGUAACCGUAUUCUAUUGUGGUCCUCCUCAGUUGGCCAAAGAACUGACUAAGAAAUGCAAUGACUUUGGCUUCGAUUUCCGCAAGGAAAUCUUCUAACUUGUUGGGAAGGUUCUCAUCAAUGAAAUACGUUUCGUUUGCCAUGCCGUGCUAUGUUGUGCCCUUUUGAUUACGUACAUUACAUCAAGAUACGGUGGUUGUUAUGAA